UUAUUUAAAUGAAUAAGAUUCUCAGAAUUCACCGAAUUAAAUACUUAAUAAUAAUAAAAUCGUCAAUUCGGAUUUAUAACAAAGUUAAGGAAGACCAUCUUUCUUGCAAUUCUACCAAAGUGAAAUCCAGUGCAUCUGGUUUUCUCCAGAUUUUAGCUUCAAUCACGUAUAGAAGAUAGCUCGAGUUUGAUCCUGUAAUGUAAUGUGUCCAAAAGAAUUAUAAUUAUGGGAAAAAAAAUUUAACCAAGUUCGUUAUUACCAAGAAAUAUGUCAAAUGUAAUGCAGUUACGAUGUUUUAGUUUCCAAUCAUAGGAGCAUUAUGUUAUGCCAGGCCAAAACGAACCAAUAAAAAAAUGGAAAUCUAGCUCGGAUCCAAUUCUGAUGACCAAGUAGUCAAUGGCCUUCAGACCAUUUCAGAAAAAGUAUUGAACAAAGUCCAAGGUUAGCUGAUCUCAUACCGUCUGAACAAAUGUAGCCACACAAUCCACUCCAAUCUCCAUCAAAUCGCUCCUUUCCGGUAACCAACAUUAUUUUAACUGACUAAUUCUCAUUUUCAGAAUUUCAAUACUCUUAAAUUUUUCUAAACAACUAGAAUUUAGGUUCUGUUUGGAAUUAUUAUUAAAAUUAGUAAACUAUUGCUUCCGGUUGAAGUGCUUUCUUACAAAACCAGUAAACCACUUGUUAGAGAAACAAUUGGAAACAAAAUCUUAAUUACUUGAGUAAGUGCUUGGCCAAAAGAAAAUAAAAUCGAGUUUCCACUGUUGUAAUUUAUUGGAAAGGAGUGAACUUUGUCACUGAAAUAGUACGAUAACAAAGAAAAGGAAAGAAAAGAAUUAAAGGGUGUGAACCAAAACUGGAGCAGUUUUCAAAGUUUGAAAUGAAAGGGGUAGCCUUAGAUUCUGAAAAUUGAAUGUAAGAUAGGGGCACAAAAGCUGUACCAGUGUGUGGUGAGGUGACUGGAUGGGCAGAUGUCCUGCUCGUCCAAUCUAUCUUAGGCUCUGUGACUGUAAAAAAAAUAAAGCAAUUGCAGACCCAGUUUUGGAUACCUGACCCUUUCUCUCACCCCCAUUGGCUGUUUCACACCCACUAGAUUCAACUCAGUUUCUGACUCCUGUCAAUGAAUGAAUGAACAAGAAAGAAAGAGAGUACAAACAAAUUUCACAGUAUUAUUUAUAAUUUCUGGGUUAUUAUUGGGUAAUGAGGAAGGACUUAGUAUUGGAUCUUGGGUUUUGGUAGGGUUUAAGGAAAAAAAAAAAAAAAAAACUAAAGUUGGGGUCUUUCUCACAUACACGGAUCCCUAUGGGAUAUAUGCUGGGGUGCUCUCCAGCAUUGCGUGUUUACUUGCUUGGUAUCAUCAUAUAUAUUCAUUCUUUUUGUUUAGGUUUAAAGAGACCACAGGCUUUGUUGUCCUUAGAGAGAGAAACUAGGAGAGUUCUGUAGGUGUGGCAUGAAAAUCCUCAGAAUUGCUAGACAACAAAAAAGCUCAAGUUUUUAUUCAUUCUUUCAUGUAGGAGAUGAUUAGUUUAUUUGCUGUCAAUGAUUGAGUUGUUGCCUUGCAAAUGCUAAGCUUAGAAGUUAGAAGAAGAAGUGAGAGUAAUUAGAAGUUUAGAAAAAAGGAAGAGAGAGAAAACAGAGGGAGGAAGAAGAUGAAGCCCAUAAAUGAUCACAGUCAUAACAACAAUGGAAGCCAUAUUAACAGUCAUAACAACAACUGGUUGGGGUUUUCACUCUCAGCUCCCCACAUGAAAAUGGAGGUCACUUCUUCUACUGACCCUCAUCAACACUACAGUCAUCAACAAGCUCAGGCCUCCUCUGCUUCAGCUCAGCUUCCAAGUAGCUUCUACAAUCUGACCCCACUCUGCUAUGAAAAUGGUGGGUUUCACUCUCCCUUGACUGUAAUGCCACUCAAGUCAGAUGGGUCUCUUUGCAUCAUGGAAGCUCUCACUCGCUCACAAGCUGAAGGAAUGGUGCCGAACUCGUCCCCAAAGCUUGAGGACUUUCUAGGAGGAGCAAGCAUGGGAGCUCAUGACUAUGGAACCCAUCAAAGAGAGGUGGCAAUGGCUCUCAGCUUAGACAGCUUGUAUUACAACGAAAAUGCAGAGGCAGAGCAACAAUACUACUCUGGAAUCCCUUUCCCUGGAGCUUACCAAACUCAAAUGGAGGAAGAGUCCUCUAAGCAAGCCCACAUUGUGGGCUCUGAUAGUCACCAAAUGACCCAGAACUGGGUGACUAGGCAGUACUCUGCUGCUCAUCAUGCUUUGAAUCAACAACACAUGAGUAACAACAGCUUGGACAAUGGAGGAGUUUCUGGGUCUGUUAAUGGUGGAAUGCAGUGUGGGGAUUUACAGUCUCUUACUUUGUCCAUGAGCCCUGGAUCUCAGUCCAGCUGUGUCACAGCUCCAAGGCAGAUCUCACCCACUGAAACAGAGUGUCUAGCCAUGGAAACCAAGAAGAGAGGUUCUGGUAAAAUUAGUCAAACAAAGCAGCCAGUGCACAGAAAGUCCAUUGACACAUUUGGCCAGAGAACUUCACAGUAUAGAGGAGUCACAAGGCAUAGAUGGACUGGUAGAUAUGAAGCUCAUCUAUGGGACAACAGUUGCAAGAAGGAGGGGCAAACCAGAAAAGGAAGGCAAGUUUAUCUUGGGGGAUAUGAUAUGGAAGAGAAAGCUGCAAGGGCAUAUGAUCUUGCUGCUCUUAAGUACUGGGGCUCUUCAACCCACAUAAACUUCCCAUUGGAUGAUUACACAACACAAAUUGAAGAAAUGAAGAAUAUGAACCGGCAAGAGUAUGUUGCGCAUCUGAGGAGGAAAAGCAGUGGAUUUUCAAGGGGAGCUUCAAUUUACCGAGGAGUUACAAGACAUCACCAGCAUGGGAGGUGGCAAGCUCGAAUUGGCAGGGUUGCAGGAAACAAGGACCUUUAUCUUGGUACAUUUGGCACCCAAGAGGAAGCAGCCGAAGCUUAUGACAUAGCUGCAAUCAAGUUCCGUGGGGUAAAUGCGGUCACCAACUUUGACAUUACCAGAUAUGAUGUUGAGAAAAUCAUGGCCAGCAAUACUUUGCUUGCUGGAGAAUUCGCUAGGCGUACCAAGGAGGUUGAACCUAACAAUCAAGUCAUUGAGUACAACUCACCAGCACAGAACAAUGUGGAAGCCAAUACACCCGAAAAUAGUCAUGGGACUAGUUCAGAUUGGAAAAUGGCUUUGUACCAAGCUGCACAGCAACAACAAGCAACUGCUGCUACUUGUGUUCAAACACUUGAUCAAAAAUCAUUGUCUUCAGGGAAUUACAGAAGUCCUGCAUCUUUCUCAAUGGCAUUGCAAGACCUCAUUCGCGUUGAAUCAGUGAACUCUAGCCAGCAGUUGAUGGAUGAAUCAGCUAAAGCCGGUGCUCAUUUUUCAAAUCCUUCGUCGCUGGUGACCAGUCUGAGCAGCUCCAGAGAAGAUAGCCCUGACAAAUCAGGCCCCACAAUGCUGUUUGCAAAACCUCCAAUGGCAUCAAAGUUCAUAAGUCCAAGUACUGCUGCUGCUGUUAGCUCUUGGUUCCCAUCAGCUCAGUUGAGGCCUGCAGCUGCCAUUUCCAUGUCUCACUUGCCUCUAUUUGCUGCUUGGAGUGACACCUAGACAGCUUGGGUUGAAAUGUCUUAAAGUUUUUGCAUGAUCAAGGAAAAGGGAAGAAAUUGGUGGGUUUUAGUGUUUACGGGGAGAAAAUUAGAAAAGGGGAUGUUGAUCUUUUAUGUUAUUUCAAGAGUUUAAUGGAGGAAAGUAGGGCUUAAUCAAAAGACAAAGGUGGGUUCCAGUCAUCUGUCUGUAACCAAGUGUAAGAAACUUUUUCAAACCAAACCUUUUGGCUCAUAUCAGCAGAAUAUUAUGUGCAAUAUGGAGGGAAUUAAAAGGAGGCCCUAAUGAUUAAAUUUCCAUGAAAUGAUGUUUUGGUUAUUAAUAUAAAAGUGGCCCUUCCAUAAUUGAAAU